AAAGACAGUAUACCAAGCAGUUUAACUCAUAAACCAAGCAAUUCACAUUAUCAAAACUGCGGUACCAAAUUUAUUAUUCAGGGGAUUGAAUCACUAACAAUUAGAACUUGAAUACAAGCUAUUUUUAAUUAUUUUACUUCAUUCUCAUUUACUUUCCCUCUAUUUUACUAUUUUGCACUAAUGUUACGUAGCAUAGCAUAUAUGUAAGUGCAUUGCAUAUUAAGUCGUCCUUGACUUUUGUUUUCUUAUUUCAAGUUUUGUUGUAUGGGGAUUUUAUAUUCUCAUUCAGUUCGUUAGGCGGUAAUUUUUUGUUAGUAAAAGGAAGAAAAAACACAUCAAGGUGACAGUCACAUGACAAUAUAGCUAUAUGAAGGCAGUGCUUCCCGAAAGUUUAUCUUACCAGUUUAACUUACCUACAGGUACGAAGAUCUGUGUCUAGCGCGCUUGGUAGAACAUCUGGCUUACAUUUUAACACAACACAACUUUCCCAGAAAAGGUGUUGCUGUCAGAAUGUGGAAAAUCCUGUUUAUCGCCGCACUCUCUGGAGGAGCAGCAGCCCUGGUCAGUCAAGACCUGGAUCAGCACUGGGAGAUGUGGAAGAGCACGCAUAACAAAUCCUACCAGCAGAAGAAUGAAGAGCUGAUACGGAGGCAAACUUGGGAGAAGAACCUCCAGCUGAUCACCCUACACAACCUGGAGUUCUCCAUGGGGAUGCACACCUAUGACCUAGCGAUGAACCACCUGGGGGACUUGACCACAGAAGACAUUUUAUCUUCCCUGGCUGGUACCCGCUUUCCUUAUGGUCUUCAAAGAGGGCGUUCUACAUUUAUGGGAUCUUCUGCAGCCGUCUUGCCAGAUUCCAUUGACUGGAGGCAGCAAGGUUACGUCACUGAUGUCAAGAAUCAAGGCGCUUGUGGAUCCUGCUGGGCAUUUAGCGCAGUGGGGGCCCUUGAGGGCCAGCUGAUGAAAACUCAAGGGAAGCUGGUGUCCCUGAGCGCUCAGAACCUGGUGGAUUGCUCAUCCAAGUAUGGCAACAAAGGAUGCAAUGGUGGUUUAAUGAGUAGAGCCUUCCAGUAUGUCAUUGACAACCAAGGCAUAGACUCUGAUGCCUCCUACCCUUAUACUGGCCAUGAUGAUCAGUGUAAAUACAACCCAGCCAACCGGACUGCCAACUGCACAUCAUACAGUUUUGUGGCUAGGGGCAAUGAAGAUGCCCUGAAGGAAGCUGUGGCCACCAUUGGACCCAUCUCUGUGGCCAUCGAUGCCACCCGGCCAACGUUUAUCUUUUACCGGAGUGGUGUGUACAAUGAUCCCUCCUGCAGUCAGGCUGUAAACCAUGGUGUACUCUUAGUAGGCUACGGAACAUCGAAUGGUGAUGACUUUUGGCUAGUGAAGAACAGUUGGGGACAAGGUUUUGGUGACCAGGGAUAUAUUCGAAUGUCACGGAACAAGAACAACCAAUGUGGCAUCUCUCUCUAUGCCUGCUACCCCACUAUGUAGGGCCUGAAAGCUGAAAGAAACACAAAUGACCAAAUUCAACACCCGGGAAAUGUUUUCAAGUCUAUUAUCAGACUAGUACUGUAAGGCUGUAUGCUAACAUUCUUUAAAUAAUCAUUUCUGUGGUUGUGGGAUUUCAAAAUAUUUACACAAAUGGUGAUUUUUGCAUGAUUAUUUUGCGUUUUGUACAAUCCAACAAAAUCUUUUAGAAAAAAUGUCAUAUAUUACUAUGCAUUUCCAAUAAUUUAAUGAUAACUGUGACAAGGGGAGGGCAUGGAAGUUGGAAGGAUCAGCCCCUUUAUUCACCUGUAAUAUAUUUAUUUUUAUUUUUUAUUUUAUGCGGCAAGUGUACUGUGUGGGAGUGUCAUGUAAGAGUCAGGCUCUUAUUGCUGUGCAAUUUGUUCAUUUAAGCCAAGCAGGGAUUUCUAAGUAUUUCAGAUCUCUGUGCCAAAAAAAAUCACUCUGCUCCAUCCUUCAGUUCCUAUCCAGAAGAACCAGGUUUUACAAUAAUUUUUAGCAGAGAUAUAGUGGUCUAUUGUAUUUUGCAGGAACAGGUUUGUUUAAGGAACAUCACCGACGUGGGAAUCUCCAUCCUCUAAUUUCGUUUCCCUUUUUUCUUGUUUUGCUGCUUUGGGUUAUCAGCAGAUCUCAUUUGUUAUUUUGAACCUGAAUUCUGAAAACAGUGAAUUUUCAACUCCAUUUUUAUUUGAAUGUCAAAAUAACCCAGAUUUUUUUUUUACCGUUUAUUAAGGUAGCUAGUGAACUUUUAUUUUAAAAUUCUAGCAUUAUAAUGUACCUUACUUUCUCUUGUAAUUGCUAAGAACUACAGUGAAUUAUAUUAUAAUCAACAUUUGUUUUGAGUGUUUCGUAUGUUAACUCUUACCAGAUACAUGAAAUUUGUGUGUAGCAUUUGAAAACCAUACACAAGACAAAGAAAUAUAUAUAUAUAUAUAUAUAUACAAAGUUCCUAAAAUUCUGUGUAAUUAUUAUGCAUACAAACAUGUCCAGCAAAUGUCAGCUGCUACUUCUAUCAGCUAAUGCUCAAAAAGCAUCUGUAACACUUUAGAGAUUUACUGAGUGGAUUCUUUCUGCUUCCAUGACCUUGUGGUCACUCAAGCAAUCUACCUUUCUGUCUAAAGUUAGCUAACUGACAUUAUUAUAAGAUCAUAACACAGCCUCAGUCUGUGCUAGCACAUUGAUUACAUAGCUACACAAGAAGACGUGCAUGAUAUAUUUUGACGGUUAAUACAGCAUUUGUCUGUGGGAAAACAACACAGAAACAAUUCAGUUACCUUCUUAUACUUGCAGUAGCACAUUUACUUUGCUAGCAAUUGUAAACAGCUGAAGAUAGCUAGCGUUAUUUACGAUUGCUUAGAUGUGAGUCGUGAAUGUCACAACAUGACAACUUGUUGAUAACGUGUAGAGUUAUCGGUAGAAGACAGGAACAAGUAAAAGGGUGAAUUUCAAUAUGCAUACUUGAUCGUAUUUAUGUUCUUGUAUACCCACUAUAUGUUAUCUUCCGUUGCCAAAGACCAGUUCCAUUACUGGAGUACUGGACAUGUCAAAUGGUUUGUAGGUGUGUUGACAGGAAUAAAGCGGGCCGGAGUGGGUGGAGCUGCUCAUGUUCUUAUGGUGGAAAGUGUAAUCAAGCUUGGGACAUUUCUUCCGCUACAUAAAUAUGAAACAUGCAUUUAAUUAUAGAUAUUUAUUAAAGUCAUUGCUAGACCAAUAUGUCUGGUGAAUGUCUGGUCCCUUUCUGAAAUAACGUUUGUUGACAGAAUUUUCAGCCAAUAGAAAUAAACUUCUGGCAUGCCUGCUCUA